AUGCUCAUUUGCUUCCAUGCUUGCUUUAUUUGCAACUGGUUAAGCUCCGUACUAUGUGGAUAUCUACAGAUUCUCUGCUUGAUGACGAUGACACUAUGUGUGAGUUCUAUUCUGGGGAACUUGGUUGUGAUGUUGGAUCUGCAAGUCUUUGAAGUUGCUUGGGGAUCCCGCACGAGGGAUAAGCAAGACAUUGUCUAUCUUGAGCAUUGCACCAUUUGCAUUGCUCGAAUCCCUAAAGCACUACAAAAUUCCACGAGACUUCACCAGAACUCUCCGGUUCAGAAUGGGGCACCUGAGAGUGCUGUGUCUUCCAAGGAUGUGGAGGAAUUAUUGAGAAUCAUCAGGAAGUCUGAUUACAAAGUUGUUGAGCAGUUGGGUCAGACCCAGUCAAAAAUUUCCAUCUUGCAACUGUUGAUGUGUUCAGAAGGUCAUAGGGAUGCUCUCUUGAGAAUCCUGAAUGGUGCUUACGUCCCGCAUGAAAUAUCUGUGAAUCAGUUAGAGGCGGUAGCCAAUAACAUCUCCGCUGGGAAUGGUUUGGGAUUCACUGAUCAUGAUCUUCCUCCAGAAGGGAGAAACCAUAACAAGGCUUUGCAUAUUUCGAUUGAGUGUAAGGGGACGACCUUGUCCCGUGUUUUGGUCGAUACUGGGUCUUCUUUGAACGUGCUUCCCAAAUCAGUUCUAAUGAGAAUUGACUAUGCUGGUGUGGAGUUAAGGCCUAGUGAGUUUGUAGUGCGCGCCUUUGACGGUUCAAGGAGGUCUGUGUUCGGAGAGGUAGAUCUACCAAUCCAGGUUGGUCCUCAGAUCUUUACUACAACCUUUUAUGUGAUGGACAUUCAACCUGCUUACUAUUGUUUGUUGGGACGACCGUGGAUUCACAAGGCUGGUGCUGUGACAUCCACUCUUCAUCAGAAGUUGAAGUAUCCGGUUGACGGUGAAGUGGUGACAAGUUGUGGUGAAGAAGAUUAUAUCGUGAGUCACUUGUCCUCUUUCCGAUAUGUAGAGAUCGAAGGUGAAAUACAUGAGACGCCGUUCCAAGCGUUUGAGGCUGUGAGUGCUGUGAGAACUCCUCUUUAUGAGAUAACGAAGCCAGAAACGGUUAUGUCCUCUUUGAAAGAUGCUCAGGUCGUCGUUGAGACUGGAAGAGUGGAAGGUUGGGGGCAAGUAAUUGAUGUGCGUCCCAAAUUUGAUAAGAAGGGUCUUGGUUUCAAUCCUGGAAAGCAGAAUGCAUCGCCUAAGCCUGGUAUCCUUAGCCCGAUCAAGUUUGUAAGUGGGGGUGUCAUUCAAGAUGGGCAGGUUAACACCAUUGUCAAUGGUGAAGAGGUGGAUAGUGAUUGUGACUUUGAUAGCUGGAUUCGUCCAAGUAUUCCUGAAGAGGUGCCUCGCAACUGGACAAUUGAAGAUGUCAUUCAAGUUACACAGGCUCAGGAAUGUUCCACCACCCCGGAUUCCAUUGGUAACAGUUCCGCUAUUGCUUAUUAUGAUUUUGACAAUCCGAUCUACCAAGCCGAGGAGGAAGCUUAUGAAGAUUGUGAUCUCCCCGAUGAGUUGGCUAGAUUAUUGAAACAGGAAAAGAAAGCGAUUCAGCCGCAUCAGGGGGAAAUUGAGAUGGUAAAUGUUGGCACUAAAGAGCAGGUCCGAGAAGUCAAGAUAAGGGCUGCGCUUGAGAAUAGUGUGAAGCAGAGACUUAUUGAUAUGUUGAAAGAGUAUGCGGAUAUCUUUGCUUGGUCCUACGAGGAUAUGCCUGGUCUUGAUACAGAUAUUGUGGUACACCGUCUACCUCUCAAGGAAGAUAGUCCUCCUGUCAAGCAAAAGCUUCGAAGGACUCGCCCAGACAUGUCUGAAAAGAUUAAGAAAGAGGUUGAGAAACAGUUUGAUGCUGGUUUUUUGCAAGUUGUGAAUUACCCGCCAUGGGUUGCUAAUAUUGUUCCUGUACCUACGAAGGACGGAAAGGUCAGGAUGUGUGUUGAUUAUAGAGAUUUGAAUAGGGCGAGUCCGAAAGAUGAUUUCCCUCUUCCCCAUAUUGAUGUGUUGGUGGAUAAUACUGCUCCUUUCAAAGUGUUUUCCUUCAUGGAUGGCUUCUCUGGGUACAAUCAGAUCAAGAUGGCACCAGAAGACAUGGAGAAAACAACGUUUAUCACACCAUGGGGAACUUUCUGA